GCCCAUUCUUUUCCGUUUUCGCGGUGAAAGUAAAUUCUAAUUUUGUCGUAAAUCAUCUUGCCCUUGCAACUCCGAUUCCCGGUCUGGUUCCCAUAUUUUUUUUCCCUUCUCGUGACGACGUAGCACCAGUUAUUGCUUGGGAUUAGCUAGCGUAAGGGCAGCCAUGGAGGACUAUGCCGCUUCUCUUCUUAAACAGCUCACUGCCCGUUUGUAUGUCCGUGAUGAACAACAGCAACAGCAACAGGAACAGGAACAGCACCAGCACCAGCAGGAAUCUAGACCCAGGACUGUUUCCUCCUCUUCUCCCUUCUUCCUAAACACGAGACCCGUCGCUAUAUCAGCCAUGGCCCACCCGCAGACGCAGUUCGCGCAGACGGAGUUCACGGGGCCGUCCGUGCUGCGGGCGCGGCGGACGACGGUCGGGCGGGCGACGGCGAAGGCGCAGCUGCAGCGGAUGAAGGACUCGGGGCAAUACGACGCGUUCCGGGUCGACGAGAGGAAGAAGAAGAAGAAGGAGAAGGAAAAGCAGAAGGAGACGGAGAAGAAGGGGGAGGAGGGGACCCGUUGGCCGUGCACGCCCCAGGUCUACUGGGACAGCGACGUGGCCAAGUGGAUCGAGGGCGCGUGCUACCUGCUGGCGGAGGAGUACGACGCGGAGAUCGACGCGGCGGUGCGGGAGCUCGCGGACACGAUUCGCGGCGCGCAGCGGGAGGACGGGUACCUGAAUACGUGGUUCACGGUCGAGGAGCCGGAGGCGAGGUGGACGAAUAUCAGGGAUAAGCAUGAGUUGUAUUGUGCCGGACACCUGAUAGAGGCGGCGCUGGCGCAUAGCAAUUACUACAAGAACAAUCUUCUCUUGGAGCCGCUGGAGAAGUAUGUCCAGCUGAUCAGUACAGUCAUCGGCCCGGGUCCUGACCAGAAACAUGCCUAUCCAGGCCAUCCGGAGACGGAGCUCGCGCUCCUGCGCCUGUACACAGCGACGGGGAACGAAGACGCUUACAAGCUGGCGAAGUACUUCGUAGAAGAGCGUGGCAACCCGACCGGCCAGGAUGGGCUCCCAUACUACGAGUGGGAGCGGCGGCAGCGUGGCGAGAGUCCAUAUCAGCGCCCUGACAGCUACUUGAUGCACGAUAGUAGCUGGUACAACCAAGCUCACGCUCCGAUCCUAGAGCAGAAGACUGUCGAAGGCCAUGCUGUCAGGGCCAUGUAUCCAAGUGCUAACAUUAGUAUCUUAGUUCUUACUGGUGUUGCGGAUCUACUUUGCUUAGACGAGCUCGGAGUAAGGCCCUAUGAGCACAAGAGCGAGUAUUUCGAAGCCCUUACCAGGCUGUGGAACAACAUGGUCGACAGGAAGAUGUACCUCACGGGGGGGAUCGGGUCAAUGUGGCAAUGGGAGGGCUUCGGUAUCGAUUACUUCCUACCGCAGGGCUCGGACGAAGGGGGGUGCUACAACGAGACGUGCGCGUCUAUCGCUGUGAUAAUGCUAGCUGAGCGCCUGCUCCAUCUAGACCUGAACGCGAAGUACGCCGACAUAAUGGAGCUGUGCCUCUACAACGCGGUGAUGACGGGGCUGAGCCUGGACGGGACCGCCUUCACGUACGUGAACCAGCUCGCGAGCUCGGAGUCCGACAAGAGCCGCCGCGAGGACUGGUUCGACACCUCGUGCUGCCCACCGAACGUCAUGCGGCUUUUUGGCUGCCUCGGCGGAUACCUGUGGGACUACGGAGGCACCGGAAAGGGCGGCGACGCCUACAUCAACGUGCAUCUGUAUACAUCGGCCAAGGUAACGUUUCAGGUAGAAGACCAGCAGAAGCAGCAGCAGCAGAUCAUGCUGGAGCAGAAGUCGAAUUGGCCGUGGGAGGGGAAUACGCUGUUCGAGCUGCAGGCCCCGGCGUCUAUAGGCGUGACUAUCAGAUUAAGGAUUCCUUCCUGGGCGCGGGGGAACUUCACGCUCACGCCGAGCCACAAAGCAGCGCAGGUCGAGAAGGGCUACCUGGUCCUCCCGGCCGCUUACACCUCGGCGAAUAGGGCCUUCUCGAUCCAGAUCGACGGGUUCGAGCCCCGAUUCAUCGCUCCCCACCCGUAUGCCAAUCAGAGCACGCUGACGCUCGCGCGCGGGCCGCUAAUCUACUGCGUGGAGGAUGUCGACAAUGCAUGGGAGCAGGACCACUUCCGCAACGUCGGGAUUCGAUCCGACUCUGCGGUAGCUGAGAGGGAAGAGGAGAUGACGAUAAAGAAGGUGGUGGACCAUCACCACCACCAUCACCAAAUCGGGGAACGCUACGUUGGCCUCCGGUCGGUCGGUUGGAUCCGCAAGGUCAUAGGUGAUCGGACCGAGUCGGGAUCCGGCAUCGAACCCGGUACAUCCCUCGGCCAGACGGUGGUGGCUGAGGAGAAGGAGCUUAACUUCAUCCCCUACUAUCUCCGUGCGAACCGUGGUGGCAGGGGUCAUAUGAGAGUUGGGCUGUUAAGGGGCUAAGGUUUCUAGUUAGGAGGUAACUACGAAGUACUACUGCUACUAUUAUGUGCCUGGUAUUAUGAACAUGGGGGGCGGGCGGUUUGGAGGGGCCAGAAAAUAAAGAAAAUAAGGAGAGAGAGGGGGGGAGGCUUAAUGCUAAGACGAUGAAGAACCCGAGACACCCGUGUCGUAGUAACAUGGUUGGUUCCACUACUACCCAGUUUUGAAGUGCGUGGGAUUUCUCGAUAGUUACCGGGCAGGUAGUUAGUGGGGGAAAAGAAGAAGAAAACGUUGUUGGAAUAUAGUACGAUAGAGCAAACGAUUCGGCGCUAUCGUCAUAAUCCUAACCCCUUGCAUACCCCCAUCGGGCAAGCUGCAGGUUCGGAGCCUUAUCGCUACCUUGUCAGGUAGGUUGUGCGCAGCUCAUGGUACGCUAGAUUUAGUUGAAACUGGGAAUCCGCGGAUGCAACUUGAUUAUCUCAGCCUUUUUAAUCAUAGGUACCUAUUCUUACAUGGUCAUUAUUCUAGUUGGGUGGGUAGCUUCAAGAUGGAGAUGACGGAUGGUGUCUUGAGAUAUACCUAUACAAAGCUUGAUUUUAUAUAGGUGGUGGUAUCAAGGGGCUUUCUUGACAAGUCUUCUUUUUUUUUUUUCUUACGAGUUA